ACACAUUACUGCUACCGUACGGUCGGUGGCCGCAGUCGGCACUCCGUCCUCAGCAGUUCACCAUGAAGCACGUACCGACGCUCGUCGUUAUAGCGCUGUUACAACUAUGCCGAGCAGAAAUAUCGAAUUCAUUACCAAAAUGGUACGAGGCAAAUCUCAUAAACGAGUCCAGUUACCAACCGAAACCAAUAACUGAAAUAUUUACGACCCCUAAAACAUUAUCAUCUCAUCCCAUCGUAGUUGCAACCUCACCCACAACUUCCGAAACCGAAAAGGAGCUUUCAACCAUAUCUUCGACAACGUCAAGUCAAGCCUCAAUAGAGGAAUCAACUACAGAAGAUACCACUAGGAGAGUUUUACCCAUAGACAGAAAUACUUCAAUAUUACCUAGGCCUCAAGAUGAAAGAGAACAGAGAGUCAUAUACCAGCCUCAACCUCGUCCAAUUCAAGUUAUAUCUGCGCAAAGUCUUCCAGAACGCCCUAUGCCUCAAAUACAAUCAUUUCCUCAAUUUCAAUCAUCGCCCCAGCAACAGCAAUCGACCGGGCAACCUAAUUACUUUCUUAUAUAUCAGCAAGCUCCGCUAUCCAUUCAACAAUAUCCCGAAUCUGCUUCUCAAUUUAGACCAAGUACUAUUCCGGAAUCGACUGAACGAAGCACACGAGAACCUAUAACACCGAGAACAACUCAAGAAAUCACUGCCCCGUCGAUUACAACUCAAUCGACGACAACUACAACGGAUGCCACAUCGAAAAGACCGCAACCGGACGUAAUAUCUGCGGUACAAAUGAGCUCAUCAACUAUUAGACCGAUGAAACGCGAAGAGCAGAUCUUCAUCACUUCAUCGCCUAUACUUUUCGGUGGGCCAUGGCAAAAUCCAAGUACUUUACUAGGUCCAGCAUAUUACAGCCCUUCGAUCUUUCCGAGUUCUACAAUUGCCCCUAGCGUUUCUUCUUCUGCAACCCCUAUUGCAACCACAGCGAGCGUUAUGCCAACAACUAAUGCAACAAGUGCAGUCCCAUCCACACAACGCGUUAAUAAAACCCCAGCUUUGACAAUACGUGUGAGCGCACCGAGAGGUUCGAUCACAAACAUUAAAAUUAACCCGUCGACUACGACAAGGAAGCCGACAUCACGUAGACCGCAGAGCCGGAAAGGACACAACUACAGCGUCUGUGUCAACUCAUGCAAAGGAAAAAAGGAACCUAUUUGUGGAGCUCCCCUUAAUAUGGUCCCGAUAAACCCAGAUAAGCUCAAAGGUUUUCCUUCGAUUUGUCACUUGGCGUGUCAUAACUCCUUCAGAAAAAAUCAGCCAUAUGAGAAGAUCAUGGACGGUCGGUGCAGCAAGUUGAGAACGCGCAUUCGUACCGUCGACAAAAGCAAGAUAAGAAGGGAUGAACUCAACAAAUCGCAAUACACUGUACUCAGUAACAACCAAGAAACUGUUGUUCAAAUAAUACCCAAUGAGAGAAGUGCUUGAAAUGUUUUAUAUCAAGCAAGCCUUUCAAGUAUCAAUAAAAACUGAUACAGUUUUUUGCUGAUGGUACUUUAGGAAAGCUGUAAGUUGCCAAAUUAGUAUCUUCUUGUUUAAUAUAAGAAGCUAUUUUAACACUGCCUUACAUUUUCAGUUCUUAAGUGCUAUGUAAAUAUAAAA